ACCAAAUGAAUGGCCCGAUACCAACACAGGUAGUAAGAAAGCAGAUCUUCCGAUUAACAAAUGAAUGACUGAAACUGUUCAGCCCUUUUUCCCAAGGCUUACAAGUGGAACACCACACAGAUGGGCGAGUGGGUUAUUUGGAUGUUGACGCUGAACAUGCUCAAAAUUGCACGCCAACGAUAAUGCUUUUGGCACUUGACGCACCGGGACAUACUGGAAAACUGAAUUAGAAAAAUGAUGCUCAACACACACACACCCGUCGAGGAUAGCAAAAGGAUACCGUGACAAUAUCUGCCAUUCAAAGAACCUACUUUCGAUCCUACCUGUGGAGGUGUUAUCGCACAUUCCCUUAUACUGUGUUACAACAAACAGCAAAAGGUGUGUGCACCUGCAGGACGUGCAGUGCAAAUGACCGGAUAGGAUUUUCGAAAGCCCAUUACAGCUACAUUAUCAGUGCAAGGGACAGGAUGUGCCAGGAUGGCGAUGUACCUGUUGUUUUUGUUUUCUCUUUUCCCCGUCCCUCGACCUGUCCCAUUCUUACGUUUGCACCUUUACCCUGAGUGGUUUACGUUUUGUGAGCGAUUUCCUUCCCCGUUAGAGCUAAUUGCAAACCAAUGUAAAUCAUUUCGGUUCGGAAAUCUUAUCUUACUUCGUCUUCCUGGAAUGCUGUGCCUUCAUUGUUUGGGUUAGAUCCUUGCAAGUGAGCGCUAAGGAUGCUGUGAGGCUGACGGCCAUAUAAGAGCGCAAGGACACGCUGAGCUCAGAGUUUAGUUGCACACCAACCGUGUUCCAGUGCAGAAGUCACUCCGUUACGUUCCUGUGUUAUAAAGUCGUUCGAAACCGUGAGCAAGAUGUCGUUUCUAUUGUUGCUUUUACUAGCUGGAACCACUUUGGCCCAGCCGGAACAAUCUGGCCAACAGUCGCAGCCACAACCAGCAGUGAUCAAACCCAUCACCGCAGUAGAAAAACCUCUGCAGCUCGAAAAUCCAGCGUACGAUCCAUCGCUAUACCAAAAGUUCCUGCCACAGGAUGCUGUUCAGCAGUACGUUCACUCCUACACCGGCCAUCCGUACCCGGCGUCACCCUACUUCGGUGGUGCCCCGUUCGAUUCUGGCACCGCAUUCGCUGCCAUUCCGACCGGCGGAUUCGAAGGGUUUCUCAUUCCGGCCCCGAUGGAGAAAGACUCACCGUCACUGCUCACAUCAAUGCGCACGUUGCUGCCCAGUGCACGAUCGUUGGUUACGUUUGUGGGCCGCCUAGUGUCCGUGUUGGUCGGUUCAGUCGGAGUGCUGUUCUUCGGCACGAUUCUCACCUCGCUGACCUGUUUCUUCACCCCAUUCUGCACGCUGUCGUUCCGCAAUGCCAAAUUUCUGACCGGCACUCAGGAGACGGCCCAAGAUAUCGUACAAACCGUCGGCGAACAGAUCACACCCGAGCGCGUUAAGCGUGCGGCCGAAUUCCUGUACACUGCGAUCGAUCGCUUCCAGCGGCUAAAUAACGUCGUAAAAGAGGCCACCGAGCGGAAAGCGGCCGUUAGAAGUUGAACCAGAAUAGUUGCACCACUUCCCUUACCUACUAAGUCAGCAUGCAUGUAUGUCAAUACGCUCAAUAAAUAUAUUUUCUUCAUUCGUAA